AUGGAGUCCAUUGGCAACAUCGUCAACAAGUCCGGUCUGGAGACUGCCACCACCACAGCCGCCAUCACUUCACCAAGCGCGCCAGCUUCAACCGUGGACCUUCAGCAGCGCAUCGCCAAACGUCGCCGCGACUGGACCCUCACUCUCACAGACGGCCCCGUCUCCUCUCCCGGUCCCAAGGCAAAGUACCGUAGAUCCCGUAGCUGGAGCACCAGAAUCGGCGUCGACGCCCCGCUCAACGCAGAGCGGCAGAUUCCAGUCUUGUACGCGAUUGCCAUGACAAAGAGCAAGAGUAACACCCCAUCCUCCCCCUCCUACUCCUCCUCAUCUUCAUCUUCAUCUUCAUCUUCAUCUGCUAUCGAGGGUAUCGUCAAUGACGAAUACCCUCCGGACGCCGAGGAGUACCGCAUCUGCCCCGACACAGACUCACCUCGCUACAAGCACGAGUCUGAUGUCGGCCUCUGGAGCGGGCCCCGUUCCUCGCCCGGCCCGAAGGUGAGGUACGCCCGGUCUCGCUCCUGGAGUUCCAGGCAGUCAGAUAGCGGGUACUCCUCGGUGGAGGAGUGUGUCGAGAGCGAGGGCGACUCUGAUGACGGCUACACGCAUUAUACGUUCCUUUCUGGCGCGGACUAUUUCGAUAGCGAGUCCGGUAGUGACUCCAAAGGUGAUUAUGAUAUCGCCAUGAUUGACGUGCCUCUCAUUGGCGUUUCUGGGGAUGGCGAUAUAAUCAUGGUUGACAUCUCUCCCAUGGAUUUCCCUGGGGACGGCGAUAUCGUCAUGGUCGACGCUUCUCCCAUUGCCGCUUCUGGGGACGAUGACGAUGAGGACAUCUUGAUGGCCGACUAUAGCGGAGACGACGACGUCUCAAUGGCUGAUUGUGUCGAAGACGAUGAUGUCGAGAUGUCUGACCACAGCGAGGACGUUGAUGUCGAGAUGGCCGAGUACGACGACGAGAAUGUGGACGUCGUAGUGGCCGGCUAUAGCGGAGGCAUCGACUGCGACAUCGAGAUGUCCGACUAUGUCGAAAACAGCGAUGUUUACAUGAUCGACUAUGUUGAAGACACCAGAACCAACGUCUUCGGCUAUAGAGAAGUUGUUGAAACCGACAGCUCCUCCGAGAGUGGCGACUCCGUCGAUGACAGGUUCGUUGUAUACAACAGCGAAUACGAGGACGACUCCGAGGACUUCGACCUCGCUAUGGGAUACUACAGCGACGGCGACUCUUCCUCAGACGAGGGAUACUACCCGGAUCCCGACAUCGCCAUAGCAGACGACAGCGAUGCCACCACCGUCACCAUAUGGUCGUUGGACGGCACCACGCUCAUUCGGGACUCUCCAAACGGCUCGGGCAGGUACUCGCCUCCCGCGCUUUCUGAUCGGCCCGAACCUGACCUGAUCUCGGAGUAUACACUCACCCGCUGGGUCAACGGAGUGUCCGAAAGGAUAAUGUAUGUCGACUUCGACUACUCGGGCACCGAGUAUGAUGAAGAGUUGCCCGUCGUGGAGCUUAGAUUGCCCGAGAAUGAGAAGGAUCACUAUGAGUGA